ACUGUCCCUUUAAAAAAAAGUCCUUCCCGGUCUCUCUUCACUGUUUUUACCGGCCACGUUUCCCCCCUCUAAACUAUACUGUACUUACUUGUCUUUGGUGUCGGUCUUCAACCUAUUUCUCUGCUCUUGUUUCCAUUGUUACUCUGUCCGAUCAUGGCAGCUCAUUCUAUCGACGAACCGUUCCCUUUCCACGGGUUGCUCCCUAAAAAAGAGACCGGCGCUGCGUCUUAUCUCACUAGGUUCCCCGAGUACGAUGGACGGGGUGUUGUCAUCGCUAUCCUCGACACUGGCGUGGACCCAGGGGCCCCGGGCAUGCAGACCACGACGGAGGGCAAGCCGAAGAUCGUUGACAUCAUCGAUACGACGGGCAGUGGAGAUGUCACCAUGGCGACGGUGGUGGAGCCUAAAGACGGAGAGGUGACCGGGCUGUCCGGGAGGACGCUCAAGAUCCCUCAUGCCUGGGAUAAUCCAUCAGGAAAGUACCACAUUGGGAUCAAAAAUGGAUAUGAGUUGUUCCCUAAAGCUCUCCGAGAGAGAAUCCAGAAAGAGCGGAAGGAGAAAAUGUGGGAUCCAGCACACAGAGCAGCUCUGGCCGAAGCCAGUCGUCGGGCAGAACAGUUUGACCUUGCUCACCCCUCCCCCUCACAGGCUGAGAAGCUGCAGAAGGAGGAGCUGCUGUGUCAGUCCGAGAUCCUGGCGUCUCUGGAGAAGAAGUACAACGACCCGGGUCCGGUCUACGACUGUCUGCUGUGGAACGACGGAGACACCUGGAGGGCUGUGGUAGACACCUCAGAGACUGGAGACCUGUCCAGCUGCACGGUCCUGACCUCCUACAGAGAGAAGCAGGAGUUUGCUACUCUGGGAAACGCUGAGAUGCUCAACUACUCCGUUAACAUCUACGACGAAGGAAACACUCUCUGCAUCGUCACCAGCGGAGGGGCUCAUGGGACACACGUGGCGAGCAUAGCAGCAGGCCACUUCCCAGAUGAGCCGGAGCGGAACGGCAUUGCCCCCGGCGCCCAGAUCCUGGCGUUGAAGAUCGGAGACACGCGCCUCAGCACCAUGGAGACAGGCACCGGACUCAUCCGCGCGAUGAUAGAGGUGAUCAACUAUAAAUGUGACCUGGUUAACUACAGCUAUGGAGAAGCUACCCACUGGCCCAACUCAGGGAGGAUCUGUGAGGUGAUUGGGGAAGCGGUUCAGAAACACAACGUAUUGUUUGUGUCCAGCGCUGGGAACAACGGGCCCUGUCUGUCUACUGUCGGCUGUCCUGGAGGGACUACUGCUGCUGUUAUAGGCGUGGGGGCGUAUGUGACUCCAGACAUGAUGGUUGCAGAGUAUUCUCUGAGAGAGAAGCUUCCUCCGAACCAGUACACCUGGUCGUCUCGGGGCCCCAGUACCGACGGGGCCCUGGGGGUCAGUAUCACCGCUCCGGGGGGGGCCAUCGCCUCCGUACCCAACUGGACUCUCAGAGGAACCCAGCUGAUGAAUGGUACCUCCAUGUCGUCCCCCAACGCCUGUGGAGGGAUCGCCCUGGUGCUGUCAGGUCUGAAGCAGAACGGUAUCCGUCCAUCGGUCUCUGCGGUGAGGAGAGCUCUGGAGAACACGGCUCUGAAGGUCGACGACAUCGAGGUGUUCGCACAGGGACACGGAAUCAUACAGGUGGACAGAGCUGUAGACUACCUGACCCAGCAUGCCUCUCUCCCCACCGCUAACCUGGGCUUCACUGUUACCGUGGGAACGCAGCGAGGCAUCUACCUCCGAGACCCCAACCAGGUCCUGUCCCCCUCCGACCAUGGGGUUGGCAUCGAACCCGUUUUCCCCGAAAAUACCGAGAACACGGAGCGUAUUUCUCUGCAACUGCACCUGGCCCUGACAUGCUCCGCCUCCUGGGUGCAGUGUCCCUCCCACCUGGAGCUCAUGAACCAGUGUCGUCAUGUCAACGUCAGAGUCGAUCCCCUGGGGCUCCGAGAGGGACUGCAUUAUACUGAGGUGUGUGGUUAUGACACCGCGUCCCCCAGCUCUGGCCCUCUGUUCAGAGUCCCCAUAACGGUAAUCAUCCCCACCAAAGUUCCUGAGGGCCACAGUCAGGAGGUUCUGUUCACAGAUGUCCACUUCAGACCAGGACAGAUUCGACGACACUUCAUCACGGUUCCACGGGGAGCCUCCUGGGCAGAGAUAACAUUGACGUCUCAGAGUGGGGACGUGUCCUCUAAGUUUGUCCUCCAUGCGGUCCACCUGGUGAAGCAGAGAGCUUACAGAGCCAACGAGUUCUACAAGUUCUCCUCUCUGCUGGAGAAGAGCUCCCUGACUGAAGCUUUCCCUGUCCUGUCAGGGAGGACAGUAGAGUUAUGUGUCGCCCGGUGGUGGGCCAGCCUUGGUGACGUCACCGUUGACUACAGCAUCUCCUUCCACGGCCUGACCACCUCACCCUCACCUCUACACAUACAUGCAUCAGACGGCGUGACUAGUUUUGAGGUGUCCUCUCCCCUGAGGUACGAGGACGUUUCUCCCAGCAUCACCCUGAAGACUUGGGUCCAGCCACUCAGACCUCUGAGUUCUAAGAUCAAGGCCCUGGGUCACAGAGAUGUCCUCCCCAACAACAGACAACUCUACGAAAUCAUCCUCACCUACAGCUUCCACCAGCCUAAGUCAGGAGAGGUGACCCCCAGCUGUCCAGUACUGUGUGACCAGUUGUAUGAAUCAGAGUUUGACUCUCAGCUCUGGAUGCUGUUUGACCAGAACAAGAGACUACUGGGCUCUGGAGACGCCUACCCACACCAGUACUCUCUGAAACUAGAGAAAGGUGACUACACGCUGCGUCUGCAGGUGCGUCAUGAGCAGGCCAGUGAGCUGGAGCGUCUGAAGGACCUUCCGUUUGUGGUGUCCCACCGUCUGUCCACUACUCUGACCCUGGACGUGUACGAGUCUCACCGCGCUGCCCUCUUGGCUAAGAAGAAAACCAACUCCCUGACCCUGACCCCUGGAGCUACCCAGCCUUUUUAUGUUACAGCCCUGCCUGACGACAAGGUUCCUAAAGGAACAUGUCCAGGAUGCUAUCUGACCGGCUCCCUGGUCGUGCCUAAGGGAGAAUACGGCAAGAAAGCAGGACAGGCCUCUGCAAAACGACAAGGAAAAUGUAAAAAGGACAUUGUGCCAGUGGUCUAUCACCUCAUCCCUGCACCCAACAAGACCAAGAAUGGAGCGAAGGAGGGAGCGAAGGAGGGGGUGAAGGAGAAAGAGGGAGCGAAGGAGGGGGUGAAGGAGAAAGAGGGAGCGAAGGAGGGGGCGAAGGAGAAAGAGGGAGCGAAGGAGGAUGCGAAGGAGGGAGCGAAGGAGAAGGAUGUGAAGGAGGAGUUUGAAGAGGCUCUCAGAGACCUGAAGAUACAGUGGAUGACCAAGUUAGACACCAGCUCCCUGUAUGAUGACCUGAAGGAGAACUUCUCUUCUUACCUGCCACUACAUGUUCAGAGGCUGCACCAGCUCGACUCUGAGAAGGAGCGUCUGAAGCGCCUGGGUGACAUCGUAACGGCCUCUGACAUGGUUCUGUCUCAGAUCGACCAGACGGCCCUGGCAGUUUACCUCACCUUAAAGACCGACCCUCGCCCUGACGCUGCCACAAUCAAGAGUGACAUGGAGAAGCAGAAAUGUUCCCUGCUGGAUGCUCUGUGUAGGAAGGGCUGUGCCCUGGCUGACCUGGUACUGCUGCCUGCUCCACCCCAGGACUGGGCUGGGGGGGCCGGGGGGGCCGGAGACGGGGCAGAGACAGGGGCUGAAGAGGAGGAGGUGACCAGCUCUGACGACGCCCAACAGGGCAGGGCCAAAGCCUUGACAGACACCUUCUGGGAGUUGCAGAAGUGGGUGGAGCUAACGGACUCUAAGGUGUUGACGUUCUCCUACAAACAUGCACUAGUCAAUAAGAUGUACGGCAGAGCCCUGAAGUUUGCCUCCAAGAUCGUAGAAGAUAAACCCAGUAGAGAGAACUUGAAGAACUGCAUUCAGGUAAUGCGGUCCUUGGGCUGGAUGCACUGUGCCACUUUCACAGAGAACUGGCUGCCCAUCAUGUACCCUGCCGACUACACUCCCUUCUAGACACUCUGUUACACACACACACACACACACACACACACACACACAGCAGGCAUGGAUUGACCUCACAAACAUAAACGCACAUCUGAAAACAGUCAGCGAUUUUAUUUUUACCAAGUCUUGACUGAAUGCCUCAAAACAAUGUGGUCGCGUAGAGAAGAUUUCAACCCAGACACAUUUUCAGAGCUUCUUGUUAAAAACCCUUGGAUCGUUUCAUCUUUAUCUGAUAUUUCUGUUCUGAAUGUUUCACCCUCCUGAAGGAACCCGGUCUGUAGAAAGGUACCGACACGCGUCAUAAUACACAUUAUAAACAGGCAAUAUGACAUGUUAUUAUUCUCCCUGAUGGAUGUUUAAGUGUGUGUGUGUGUGUGUGUGUGUGUGUGUCCGUCCUCUCUUUGGAAUCCCUGGAAAGAGCCUCCCUCGUUGUCAGGAUUCCACAGUGAUCCUGUCCUCGCUUUUGUUUCACCCCUCCCUCCCUCCUUCCCUCCCCCUUUCUCUGUACUGUAAAUUAAGCAUUUGAGGUUUUAGUUACGGUCUGAAGUUCAGGGUUCAUCUGUCUCAUUCUGUCUUCUCGUUGCCAACGACAGUCUCUCCUAAUGGCCUUAACUUAAUCCACCACGGGACCGUCAGCGCCGUCCAACUCUGACUCCAGAUCGAUCAGAACAACCUCCUCAUAUCUCUCUGGUUGUGGCCCAAACACCACCCUAUUCCCUAUAUAGUGCACUUCUUGUGACUAGAGCCCUGCGGGGGUUUCAUACGGCUGUGAUUUGAAAGCAGUGCACUCUAUAGGGAAUAGGUUAACAUUUGGGAGGCAUCCUAUCGGUUCUCUCUGCUGGUGUCAAAAGACCUUUCGGAUAAUAUUAAUGGGAUGUCUUGUAUUUAUAUUACAACUCAAAACCUUAGUCAAUUAAACAACAAUAUUUUACGGAAUGUUAAGAUUUUAAGGAAAUGUACUUUUUAGUAUUAUUUUAUAACCAUAUUCUUCCUGGACGACAUGUGGAAAGUACCAACACGCAGUUUUGUUAUCACUGUAAUGGAAUUAUGUCACAAAUGAAUAAAAAGAUUUGGAAGAGUAA